AUCAGAAUCAGAAUCCAUCAGUUUCUUCUUCGAACAUCACAAUCAACGAGACAAACGACAAAAUCAUAUACGCUGCUGUUUUUUUAUUAUAUAAUUUUUGAAAAUCUAAAUUCAAAUUAUUGAAAAAGAUUUUGUUUUAAUUUUUUAAAAGAUACUAAAAGCAGCGAUCAAGGCACUGUUUGGUUAAUUCCCAAUUCAGAAUCAAUGCGUUUGAUAAAUCUCUCUUUAAUUAUGGAAGAGGAGGACGAAGAGGACCUAUAAUCUAGUAUUCUUUUUCUGUAAUUUAAAUACAAUCAGUAGUCUUGAUUGGACAUGGUGAAAGAAAAGAUUGAUAUCAGGCCAGUUCUACUCAAAUUUGGAUUGGUUUUAGCUCUUUCAUUUGCUGGAUUUCUUUAUUCUCGAUCGAAAAACCGAAGAGUCAAAUCUUCUAAGGCUCCUCGCCCCCUACGGCCUUCAGGUCAUGUUGUUGAGGAUAAUGGAACAGCUGAAAUGAAGAAAACGCCCAGUCCGAGGAGCAAUCCGUUCAUUUCUGUCGACAAACAUCAGGAAGAUGCAUCCGCUCCGAAAGUUGCUGCUGAUAUGGUUGUACUUGCACCAAGCGGUAGGUACAAUGGAGAUAAAGAUGGGUACCUCUUGCCCGAAUUUAAUGACCUCGUAAAUGAAUUUGAUGUAAAUUCGACAAGUGCUGGGAUAUCUCCAAAAAAGGAUGUAGAAUCACCAAGAUCAGACACGGGAACUCCACGAGCUGCUAGGAACAUGGAAAAGAAUGAUCACGAUCAAGAGAUUAGACAUCUUAAGACCCUGGUUAGAAUGCUUCGAGAAAGGGAAAAGAAUCUAGAGUUCCAACUGCUCGAGUUUUAUGGCCUUAAAGAGCAAGAAACUGCUAUGAUGGAGCUACAAAACCGUUUGAAAAUAAGCAAUAUGGAAAUUAAGCUUUUCACUCUCAAGAUUGAGUCUCUGCAGGCAGAUAAUCAAAGACUGCAGGCACAAGUCACUGAUCAUGCAAAAAUCGUUGCUGAGCUUGACGCUGCAAGAUCGAAAAUUAAACUGCUGAAGAAAAGGCUAAAGUCUGAAACUGAGCAGAAUAAGGAACACAUCAUAUCCCUUCGAAAAAGAGUUGGUCGGUUGCAAGAAGAAGAACACAAGGCUGCAACAAAUGAUUCUGAUAUUAAACUGAAGCUGCAAAAGUUGGGGGAUUUGGAGGCUGAAACAGAAGACUUAAGGAAGUCUAAUCUUAGACUGAACUCAGAAAACUCUGAAUUGGCUCGUCAGUUAGAUUCCGCCAAAAUCCUUGCGAAUUCUGUUCUUGAAGAUCCAGAGACAGAAGCACUAAGAGAACUUAACGACAAGUUGAAACAUGAAAAUGAGAACUUGACAAGGGAUGUUGAGCAACUCCGAGCAGACCGAUGUAAUGAUUGCGAGGAAUUAGUCUAUCUUAGAUGGAUAAAUGCAUGCUUGAGAUUUGAAUUGCGCAAUUUUCAGCCUGCACAUGGUAAAACAGUAGCCAGAGAUUUAAGCAAAUCUCUCAGUCCCAAGUCGGAGGAAAUAGCAAAGCAGCUAAUACUCGAAUAUGCAAAUACCGAAGAGACGGGGGCUAAUGGUAUUAACAUUAUGGAUUUUGAGUCCGACCAGUGGUCAUCCUCACAUUCGUCCGACGUGAUAGACUCAGGCGACUUUGAUGAUUCUGCAGGCUCACCGAAAACCAGCACCUCCAGAAAAAUCAACUUCUUCAACAAGCUAAGAAAACUAAUUCGGGGAAAAGACAUUCAUCAUCAUCAGAACCACGGAUCAGUUGACAAAUCUGUCGAAGCAGAAGACUCCGAUUCUCCGUAUGGAAGUUCAAGUAUAUCAACAACAACUGAUGCUGCAAGUGAUCGUCAUUUGAACAGACUACAUAGCGUAUCUCUGGAUUUAUCUAGACGGUCUGCAUACAUCAAGAAUCCGAAAAUGGAUGAAAUGAAGGAAAUGGGAAUUGGUCGACGAAAUAGUGACGUUGGGCCGAAAAGGUUUUUGUCAGGCAGGUAUACUACUCGUCAUUUGUCACCGGAAAAUCAACCCGAGCAAGGCUCGUUCUCGACGGAGCGAUCAGAAUUAUUGAAAUUUGCAGAAGUUCUGAAGGACUCAGACAGUAUAACAAGAGCAUCUCAUAAAAAAUCAGCAUCAGUUGGUUCAUUUGGGAGUUUUCAUCGAACAACUUCACACUAGUUUAUGUAUACUCUCAUAAGCCUAUAGUAAAACAGUAAAGUAAUCACUGUAAAUGCAUCAUACACCUUACGAAUUAACUUAACAAAGAUUAGGAAUCGGUCAUUAAAAAUAUUUUUGCUGCCACCUUUGUCUGUUAUACAAGAAAUAUAAUGUUUGUACACUUGAGAAUGAGAUUAGUGACUAAAUGGUAAUGUCAUGUUCAAUUCCAA